CGCCGCCGCCGCCGCCGCGUUUCUUCCCGUCUCCCUCACAACCCAAUCCCCACCCGAGCGAGCAGCCAGGUCUCCGACGGAAUCGAACCGUCCCGACCCUAACCUAGGGCUCCGUCGAUCCCCCGAUCCCGCUCGCCGAUGGGGGAGGGCGCCGUGGCGGGGCCGGCGGCGGACGGGAAGUCGCAGCCGGAGUGCAUCAACUCGUCCAACCCGUACCACGAGUGCUCCGACUACUGCCUCCGCAAGAUCGCCGAGGCCAGGCAGCGCCUCGACGACGAGCUGCCCGACUCGCGCCCGCCCGAGCAGCGCGCCGUCCACCCGGACUGCAUCAACGCCUCCAACCCGUACCACGAGUGCUCCGAGUACUGCUUCAAGCGCAUCGCCGACGCCAAAUCAGGGUUGGAGCGUGGAGAGCAAGAACAGCCUGCCGCUGGUGCUGGCACGUCUGAUGCCGCAGAGCAGCAACCUGAUGAUAAUGAAGGUGAGAAGCAGGAGGACGCUGGUGCCGACGAUGGUUACCCCGAGAUGACAGAAAAGCAGAAGAAGCUGUUUCAGCUGCGUCUUAAAAUGAAUGAAGCAAGGAAAGCGAACCAGCAGGCGAUGGUUGCUGAGAAGAAGAGGAUGGAGCCUCGUGGUGAGAGUCGAGGUGUUUCUAAGCAGAAGUGGCUAGAGGACAGAAAGAAGAAGAUUGGAAAGUUGCUUGACUCAAAUGGCCUUGAUAUGUCAAAGGCUUACAUGCUUGAUACACAGGAGACAGCAGAAGCGAAGUACAAGAAAUGGGAGAAGGAACCUGCACCUUAUGGGUGGGAUGUUUUCAAUCAGAAGACCUUGUAUGAUGCAUACAAAAAGAGGACCAAGAACAUAGAGGUUGAUAUGGAUGCGUACAAUAAAGCGAAGGAAGCUGAUCCUGAAUUCUACCGUGAUGCCUCUAGUCUCCAGUAUGGGAAGGUGUCAAAUGUCCCAGAAGAAAAUAUCAACAAAAUGGUCAAGGAGCUCAAGGAGCGUGAAGAGAAGCGGAAAUCCUUCAGCAGGAGGCGCAAGUUCAAUGAAGACAAGGACAUUGACUCGAUCAACGACCGGAAUGAGCACUUCAACAAGAAGAUCGAGCGGGCCUUUGGCAAGUACACGCUUGAGAUCAAGAACAACUUGGAAAGAGGGACUGCCUUACCUGACUAAUAAACCUUGCACAGCAUUACCUUCUGGCAUUGGAGCUAACCACUCGACUAGCAGCGAGUGGACCUGUUGUUUUCUUUGGCGUGGUUACUUUCUCUACUUGUAACUUGUGGGCGACAAUUUCACUUGGAAUUGUGAGAUACCCGAACUGGGUUGUAAUGCCGCGAGGCUGAUGCCAUGUACAAACAGUUGUGUGUUCUGCGAGCUGAAUGAGUAAUAGUGAUGGUUCCUUUUAUGGUUAUAAAUGCUGGGCCUAGGCAUGUCCUCCAUUACUGAAAGAAA